AUGUUCGUCACUCGCUACGUUGCCACUUCUAGCCGAGUUCAUCUGUUUAACCUCUCGCCUGCUCUGAAUUCUCAGCAUGCUGCGAAGCGUGUAGGUCGUGGUCAAGGAUCACGCCGAGGCGGGACAUCAGGGCGCGGUACCAAGGGUCAGAAGGCGCGAGCCGGCAAUGGCAAGCCAAAGCCUGGCUUCGAAGGAGGGCAGACACCCAUCAGCAAGCUCAUUCCGAAGAGAGGUUUCGUCAAUGCCGAGGGCAAUACUUGGGCUCCUGUGAACCUUGACCGUAUACAACAUUGGAUAGAUCAGGGACGGCUUGAGUCAUCGCCCGAGAAGCCCAUUACAGCUCGAGAGCUCCUGCUAAGCGGAUGCAUCCACGACGUCCACGAUGGAGUGAAACUGCUCGGAAAUGGCGCGGACCAGUUGAAGACGGCAAUCCAUAUCACUCCUUCUCGCGCAUCCAAAAGUGCUAUCCGUGCAGUAGAGAAGCUCGGAGGCACUGUCUUUUGCAAACACUACAACGUUCUAGCUCUGCGGGAUUGCGUGAAGGGCCGGACAGACAGAGUACAGGCUGCGCCUACACAUCGUAGAGAUAUAGAAUGGUAUACACAAUGGAAGAACAGGGGUUACCUAUCACCUACAGCUAUCAAAACCAUGCCGGUGGUGGAGGAACGAUGGAAGGUGCUAUCAGAACAACUCACCAAGUACACGACACAGGAAUUUGCCAGGGCGAAAUAG